CUCCACUUGCCGCGUUCAUGUGAAUCCAGUUGAUAGUACCCGUUCCAAAGGUUUGGAGCUACCUAGUACCUACCUACAUGGUAACGGUUAGGUCCUAUGUAGUAGUGGUAUGUACGAACUAUCUAGGCUGCUGGCUAAGGCACCAUGGAUUCAUGGAAUAUUAGGAAAGUAGCUUGCUUUUCGAGUCUCUCCGAGAAAGAUCGACUUGCCUACAUACAUGCUACUACUACUUCUAUUACUACUAUCCAUCCUCUCUCCUCCAUCUCCACUUCGUACACAUCGUACGACAAAUUAUAGACCUUCAUGAUCCCCCAAAUUUACAUGGGGGUCGUGGUUCUCUUCUUCUUGGCCAUUUCAUUCGGAUUGUGCAUCGUCACUUGCCGCCAAUCCCCUGUGUUCCAAGGUUCAACUGCACUGGUCACUGCAUUGGCCCUCAUCAUGUGCUGCUUCGAUUUAAUCAACGUUCAAUCAGCAAAUUGUGCUUCCGUGUCGUGUCGUAGGAUUUUAUUUCAUUUACUUGUGCAGAAUUUAAGGGCUUCGUGUGGUUGGAAGGUCCUCCCGGAUUUUGAAGCUUAAGCGAUACGACGGCAGAGUGUAACGCAUCUUGGUGCUUUUUUGGGGGAGGGGAUAAGAGUGAGAAAGUGAGGAGUGUGAGAGAUAGAGAGAAAGACUGUGUGCUGUGUGCUGCUGGUGUGCUUGAAUGCUUGUGUGUGUGUCAUCAAUGUUCGGCAGCAGCUUAUUCUCGAUUUGCAUCGAGCCGGCCCAGCAACGGACUACCAUUGGACGAGGCGGUCGUGCAUUAAGCCGAGAAACCCAAGCAAGCUCCUUCGAAUUCGGUUUCCUCUUCUAGAAAGCUUCCAGCGAGUGAGAAGUCUUCGUCACUAACCCAGCAUCCCAAGGUAGAUCCCCCGACUACACGUGAAUAAAAUUGGACCCCUAUCCACGCCCUCGGAACCAUUGGGCUGUCAGGGGGGGUUGUGUGUAC